AUGACAGACUGCAAGGAAGCCAAGGCAACGCAGCUGGGCCCCCUGGAUGAGGAAGAGCUCAUACCCGGUGGCACCAGAUAUUUCAUAAAAGGCUUUGGAUCCCGACCAGCUUUUGGCCUCAGGAACAUCGCAGGGGGCCUGGGCCGGGGCUCGGUAGCCCUUGUGCUGCAGCUGUUCUUCCUCACUCUCUUCGCUAUGAUCCUGGUGGUUGUCCUUGUGAAAGUCUCAAAGGUCCCCAACUACCAGGAGCAGAAGCAGGUGAAACAAAAGAUCAAUAAGGAAAUGAGCCAGCUGAAGAUUGGCAUAGGCCGUCUAUGCCGCCCCUGCUCCUGGGACUGGACGUUCUUCCAAAGCAACUGUUACUUCUUCUCCGACUCCAGGCUGAACUGGAGUGACUCUGUUGCAGCCUGCCAGGAAAUGAGGGCCCAGUUGGUCGUCAUCAAGAGUCCUGAGGAGCAGAACUUCCUGCAGCUGAAUUCGAAGAACAGAGGCCCCACCUGGAUGGGACUCUCGGAUCUGAAAAAAGAAGGCAUAUGGCACUGGUUGGAUGGUUCGCAUCUGUGGUUCAGGUUCACGAAGUAUUGGCUACCAGGGGAGCCCAACAACGACGGGAAGGAAGACUGUGCGGAGUUUAGAGGCAAUGGCUGGAAUGACGGAAAAUGUGAACGCCAGAAAUUCUGGAUCUGCAAGAGGCCUGCAGCCUCCUGCUCUGACAUGUGAAGUCUGGUCUUUCUCUUCAGCCCCUGAGAUUCCAGUGUCCCUGUGGGUGGAAGGAUUUACUGCACUGAUGUGAGUUCCUUUGACCGAGCUCUCAACAGCAGGGUGAGGACACUUUCAUCUUCCUUCUUUCCUCCUUGCUUGGAGGUCGUGUUUCUAGUCCACCUUUGAAGGGACAUGCUUAGGGGCUGGGUGUGGUCCCUUAAUCCAUCUUGUCUUCAUCACUCAGGCCAGAGAGUUGGCAUUGCCCUGGGCAAAGGCUGCCACAUCCCCCUGGGACUUUAGCCCAACCCUGCGUACUUUCCUUUUAAACUACUGAACACCCAACUGACUCCCCUGGGACCCUUUGCCAUGGCUCAUCCUGCAGGCUGGCAGCACCAGGAAAAGGAUGCCCCUAAUCAGUCGUAACUCUAUGGAGAUGGUGUACAAACAUCCUGGCUCCUUUCUUAGUGAACCAACUUCUGGACCCGAGGCGGGCCUCCUAGAUCUUUCUUCAAGAAAGGACACACUGAUCCCGCUGAUGUGAGUUCUAUGGGAGGCAGCUACCAUCUGUCAGUCACUCCCCGCCUAUACUGUGCUACAGGAAGCAUCUCCAAAGCCAGGGUAUUUCCUAGAGGAGUCCAUGUGGGAUGAGGUCCAAGAUGAUAAAGAUCUGGGUGUGCUGGGCCAACAGGGGCACCACUGAAGGACCAAAUGUUCCAGAGCUCCCACGAUGGCUGCUAGUGGCUGCUGUCAUACCCUCUUUGCUUGACUUAUCUUUCUGCCCAAUUGCCGCUUGGUCUUUGUCUGUGUCUUUUGCUAUUCUUAAUGAGCCUCUCUGACCAUGCCUGAAUUUAUGGUAGGGAAGUGACACGAGUGGAGACUGACCCUCUCAGAUGGGGUGGGUCACCAGAAAAACCCAAUAGGUGAUUGAAAGGGCCGAAACUUCCUGUCCCAUCGGUCAGUCUCCAGGAAGGAUGGUGGAUGGAGACAGCUCCAUAAAAACUCUUUGGCAAUGAGAUUUGAUGACCACACAGGUUGUUGAGCAGAUGAGGUUCUGGAGGGGGGCACCCCUGCAGAGGGCACUGACACACCAUGAAAAUUCC